AUCCUUCCAUCCUCCAUCCUCCAUCCUCCUCUAUUCCUCUCCCAUUCCUAUUCUUCUCGUUCUUCUCUUCCUCUCCCUCUCCCUCUUCCUAGUCUUCCUAUCACUCUCCCGCCACCACCUAACCGCUCCGGAUCCUUAUCUCCCACCUGGUCUCUCUAUCUACAUAAUAAUCAUCUCUCCUUCGAUGGCUUCUCCCUGAGGAUUGUUGUUCCCUGGAUGUCCCGACUCGCCUCUGGAUUUGGAUUUCCCUAGGAUUCCCUUCCUUCUCUCGGUCUUCUCGUUCCCGUUCCGGUUCCUUGGAUCUUUCUUGCCUGGCCUGGGUCUUUUCCCGUCACCCGUCCUACAAUCCUCCCAAAACAACCGAAAAGAAAACAAACACUCUUUAAUACACAUAAUAUGUAUCCUCCCACAAUGCUUCCCCCUCUACCCCCUCCCGUCACCCGUUGCUAUGCUCCCGAAGACCGUUUGGGUUUCCUUUUGGCCAACCGCCUGGAAUUAACCAGCAUCCUGGGCGUGGGUGCUUAUGGCGUCGUCUACACCGCCGUUGACAUCCAUACCAACAUCAUGUACGCCGUCAAGGCCUUCAACAAGACUGGCCUCGACCCCCGCCAGCUCAAGUGCCAGCAGCGCGAGAUCAAGCUGCACUACAUGGCCAGUCAACAUCCCAGUGUGGUUUCCCUGCUCCGGAUCAUGGAUUCGCCCGAAUGUAUCUAUGUCGUCAUGGAAUACUGCCGCGAAGGUGACCUCUUCUCCAGCAUCACGGAAAAGGGCAAUUACGUCGGCAAUGACGCUCUGGUCAGGAGUGUGUUCCUGCAGAUCCUGAGUGCCGUUCAGUUCUGCCAUGAUAUGGGUAUCUACCACAGAGAUCUCAAGCCGGAGAACAUCCUGGUCUCCGAUCAGGGCAGGUCGGUCAAGCUGGCUGAUUUUGGGCUUGCGUCCACGGACUACUUCACCUCGGAUUUUGGCUGCGGAUCGACAUUCUACAUGUCUCCAGAAUGUCAACAGUCGAAUCCCCGUCCAAUGUCCUGCUACGCAGCCGCUCCCAACGACGUCUGGAGCCUGGGCGUCAUCCUCGUCAACCUGACCUGUGGCCGCAACCCGUGGAAGCGUGCAUCCGUUGAGGACUCCAGUUUCCGUGCUUAUCUGAAGGAUCCCUUUUUUCUCAAGUCUAUCCUGCCCUUGACGGACGAGAUGGUCUACAUCCUCAGCCGCAUCUUCGAGUGCGACCCUGCCAAGAGGAUUACCAUCCGGGAGCUUCGUAAAUUGGUCCUGGAAUGCCCUAGGUUUACCACUACUUCCAUGACCCCCUGGGUGUCCAACAACAGGCCACAGCCUGUCAACUUCAUCCCCAACCCUCACAUUGUGUCCACCCCAGUGGAGCCUCUCGAUGCACAGCCUUCCGCAUCUUCUUCGGACGCCUCUUCAUACUACUCCAACUUCUCCAACUCCGCUGUCUCGGAUGCGUCUUCCCUCACGGAGGAUUACUCUGACCUGGACAGUAUCUCGUCUUCAGCGGAGAUCCUGCCCGGAGUAUACCACAAAGGUGAUGAAUACGUUUUCCCGCAAGUGGACCCCACUGUUUGCAACCCAUACAACCCCGGAAACUACCCGGGUCUAUCUCUGGUUCCAAAUCAUUUUUACGGCUCGCCAUACGCUGUUUCUUAAGGCUGGCUCUUUCCAGGUGUCCUAAUACCCCCUUUUUGGCGCCUUGUCACGCUAAGUUAUGAUUUACGUCGAUAUAUUUUUUUCUGGUCACAUUCUUCUACUGGACCAUGAAUUGCUCCUUUCACAAACAGAAACAUUCUGGUCCCUUAUUUCAACACCUUUCGAUUUAUCCUCCCCCCUCCAAAGCGAGAGGAGCUGUGUAAUCAUUUUCUUUCAAAAGAAGUCUGGAUUUUCCGUUUUGGAUAUACCGUGUUUUUCCCGGAUGAUAUUUCCAAGGGACGAUUUGACUAGUGGCAUGGACUGCUGCCGGGUUUCUACUGUCCAUAACCUUUUGGGGGAUUUUGAGUCAUCGGUUGCUGGAUCAGCGACCGGUUUGCUUUGUUUUAUUAUUGAAUUAUUAUUAUUUUAACUUUUUGGAUG